AUGAUUUACAACAUCGUGGUCCCGACAACUGUCACCCUCCUCUCCUACGUCGUUUUUUAUGUCGCUCGCUCGCUCUACCGCACUUGGACGUCGCCACUGAAGUUUGUGGACGGCCCUUCCUCGUUCAACUUUUUGACCGGGCACUCAAUCGUGGACGUGCCAGAGAUCGGGGACAAAUGGCGCGAGCAGUAUGGCUCAAUGUUCAUGACCAAAGGCAUGUUUGGGGCAAACGACCUGCACAUCAAGGACGUCAAAGCUGUUGCGCAUAUCCUCGGCAAUAACUUGCUGUACCCCAAGCCGUUCGACCUGAUGGCUAGUCUAAGCAGAAUCCUGGGGAAAGGGAUUCUGUCUGUCGAAGCGGAUCCGCAUAAGCGUCAGCGCAAAAUUCUGCUCCCCGCGUUCAAUAUCCAGCAAAUUCGUAUGAUGAACGAGGUCUUCGUGGAGAAGGCAGUCUUGUUGCGAGACUUGUUGGCUGCGGAUGUCGAUAAAGCCGGCGGAACCGCAACCGUUGACUUGGCUGAGAUGUUCCGCCGAGUUACGCUGGAUAUCAUCGGAGCGACCGGGUUUGGAUACAAUUUUCAGUCUCUCGAAUCAAACGGCAAGAAUGAAGGGGACCUGAGCAAGGCCUUCAGCGGGUUGAUCAGCGUACCAAACGCCAACUUCUAUCGAGCUGUGCAGCUUGCCCAGGCUACUAUUCCGGCUCUCAAGCUUCUCAAAUCUCAAGCCGAGGCACGAGCAAUGGGCGAGAAGGAACUGGGGUCAGGGCGUGAUUUGCUGUCCAUUCUGGUCAAAGCGAAUAUGUCGGCAGAUAUUCCAGACAGCCAAAAGCUGACCGACGCAGAAGUCAUCUCUCAAAUUCCGACAUUCCUGCUUGCUGGACAUGAGACCAGCAGCGCCGCGCUGGGCUGGGCCGCUCAUGCAUUGUCCAAGCAUCCAUCGGUUCAGGAAAGGCUUCGUCAAGAGUUGCUCACCGUACAAACCGAUACCCCGACCAUGGACGAGCUCAACGCGUUGCCCUACUUCGAGACUGUUUUGAGGGAGAUUCUGAGACUCUACACCCCCGCAGUGUUUUCUCAGCGUGAGGCACUGAAUGAUGAUGUCCUCCCGUUGAAAAAACCGUUUGUGGACCGUUGGGGUGUGUCCCAUGAGAGUGUUCCUGUCCCACAAGGGCAGCUGUUCACGAUCCCACUGCUGGCCAUGAAUACCGACAAGGAGAUUUGGGGCGAGGAUGCGCUCGAAUUCAAACCCGAACGGUGGAAUGACCUCCCAGAUGCCGUGGAUUCCAUGCCCGGAAUCUGGGGCCACCAGAUGACCUUCCUCGGCGGUGCUCACAGCUGCAUGGGCUUCCGGUUUUCCAUGGCCGAACAGAAAGCGGUUCUGUUCAGCCUCCUCCGGGCUUUUGAGCUCAUGCCUGGUCCAGAGCCCGUCGGUCCGGAGAUUUCGCAGCUGUUCCAGCGGCCGGUCUCGUUUGCGUCUGAUGGGAAGGGUGGACGGGUGUCUACGGGUGGUCUGCCCAUUGUACUCAAGGCCCUCAAAGGCAUCAUUUGACCCUCUCGAAAUCAAACUCUCGUAUGUCCCAUGCAGUUUUGGGGGAUAAAGGUGGAUGGAAUGACCGAGCUGCGCUGAUGGAUCAAUCUGUGCCUCGGAAAUUCUUGUGUAUAGUUUUGACAAUCAAUUUUUGGUUUGCUAGAACUAGC